AUGAGAUCGUUCUCGAUUUGCUCAGUCUGUUGUCCCAGCCCCUGUUGCUGCGUAGACCUUGCAGUGACAUUAACCCAUCUGGGCCCCAGACCUACGGUCCCAAGUGCGGGGACUUGGGCUACUCGCACUGAAGAGGAAGGUCCUUUGCAGUCUGUUAACGAAGAUGCUGGGAGUGGAAUUGCUCUGGAUGCUUUCUAUCUUCAGUCACUUAUUAUUGAUACAUUCCAUGAUAAAGGAUUUCAGAAAAUAGAAGAAUAUUUUCAACAGAGAGCAAGCCACAUUCCUCAAAAAUACAAUCAUCUUGUAUUCUAUCAUCUUGACAGAGCAAUAAAUAAGGAACUGGAGAAAAAUGAGUUUCGGUAUGUUUCACUGUUGCUGAAAUGUGUUCAGCGAUUCUUCAUGGAUGGCCUCAAAGAAGAUGAACCUUUGCUAAUUCAGCAGGGACUGAUCCCAAAGAUGGUUUCCUGGUUUGAAAAAACAACAGAAUUUCUGACCAUGGCAGAUCCAGCAUCUGACACAUCCCUGACUGAUGUUAUAGAAGACUUCUUUGACACAGCCUUGAUUAUUUCCAGGAGUAGUAGUAAAGGGAAAAUUCAGAUGUUGGAUUCCUUCAUAUUUACCUUAGGAUUUCUGGUGACAGAAAAGACUGUAAAUCAUUUCAUUCAGCAGGAGGCUUUGAAAACUUUGAACUCCAUUUUGCGUACCGUGCCUCGGGAAGAGCGAAGACAACUGUCCUUGUUGGAAGGCCCACGUCAUCUUAUGAAAGACCUGGCAAGGACGAUCUUGACUGUGGGUGAUUAUGACCAGCAGGUUGCUCUUUCUGAAGCACUGUGUAGGCUGACCUUGAAAAAAUCAAGGGGUGAGCUUGUCCAUGAGUGGUUUGAAGAUGAUGUCAUUGCUGAAGCUUUCAAAGAAAUUAAGGAUCGAGAAUUUGAGACGGAUAGUAGACGGUUUCUCAAUUACCUAAACAACAGACUUGGAGAUGAAAGGAGGGUCUAUUCAUUUCCGUGUAUUGCUGCCUUUGCUGAUGGGCACGAGAUGAGGAAACCAGAAGAUGAAAAACUAGAGAAAUUUUGGAUAGACUUCAACCUCAGAAGUCAGAGUGUAACUUUUUAUAUAAACAACACUAAGAGUGCUCUGUGGGACUCAGUAAGACUUUUGAAGGAAGCAGUGAUUAAUUUCAGCAUAACAGAAACUGAAAAUAGGAAGAUCCUCAUUAUUUGCUUGAAGAAGCCUAUUAAUAUUGGCAACAAAGAAGUGAUGAAAAUAGAAAUCCAUUUUGAUUUGCAAUUCAACAUAUCACAAGCUUCCACUGAAACUUUAGGAGAAGAUAAACAGAUGUUGCCUGACCAGACAAGAAGCUCCUCAGAACUUUCUGGUAAACUUGAGAAAGAAGACCCUGACAUUCUUAGCAGCCUUGAAAGAGAGACAGACCAGAAAGAAGAAUCCACCAAGCUGGCAGAGUUAAUGAGUGCCAGAGAUGACCAUUGCCCAAUAACUCUCCCCUUAAAUGACCAGUCUGAACCUGUGAGUAUGGGAUGCUGGGUAUAAGAUUCUGAACUGUCCCCUACGCCCUCCCCGUUUUAUGUAUAUGAUUUCCCUCAGCAACCACAAUUUAAUUACAGGAAACACCUGUUCUCAGAGAGUAAUCAAGAUUCAAGUAGUAGUACCAGUGAACUAUCUUGGACCAGUAACCAAAAAAAGAAAUCCCUAAAACCAUAUUCUAGUAGAAAAAAGACAAGAAUCAGAAAGAGCAUAAGAGUUUUGCCACUUUCCCCUCCCAGCAGUGGCAGUGACCAUGAGAAAGACCAAGCUAAACUUCUAACACCAUUAUGGAAAGAUACCUCCAGGCAGAAUAAUUCCACACCUUCAAAAAUUUCUGGAACAAAACUUCAGGGUAGUUCUGACUUUUUAACUGCAGAAGAUUCUGCCCAGAAAACAGAACCUCAAAGUCCCCACCCACCGAGCGAUCUGUCAUCCUUGGAGCAUUCAGAAGUUGAAGAAAAUAUAUCUAAGGAAAAUGCUGUAGACCAAGAGUCCUUGAUGAAAAGUACUAGCUUCAAACAUAAACUGCAAAACUUGGAAGAUGGAGACAUAUCAGAUGGCAGUUUUGCUAAGUCAAAACAGUCAAAAUUGGAAGAAGGUGCUGCUCCAGAAUCCCUCGCCUCAGUGACAGAAGAGACAGACCUAGAAGGCAUUUCUACUCCAUCCCUAGCAGUUGUACCAGAGAAUUCGAAGAGUUCUCCUGUUAUCACAGCCCUCGAAAACUUCACUAGAGAACUGAAAAGAAAAUCCGAGCUUAGGCACAAAGGAAGUCCACUUUACUCAGAAGAUGCAAAGCAAGCACCAGAUUGCUUAAUCCAACUUUUAAACCAGAUACAUCAAUGCAGACUGAAUAAACUAGAACAGUUUCACAGUUUUGUUCUUCAAGAGCUUAACAAUCUUGAGAAGGAUAUUCAGGCUCUGAAAUACCUUGAGAAGGAUGUUCUGGAAUUUUGGGAAAAACAGUCUGAUGAUUUGAAAUCAUUCUGUGAUCUGCAAGUGCUGAGGUAUUUUUUCAAAGUAUUCUUUCUAGAAGUAUCUUAG